UGUUUAUUGAUUUUUCCUUCUGUUCUUUCCACCUAUGUGUGUGUGUCUCUGUGAUGUUUAUAAAAAAAAACAAUAAAUUUUUUUAGAAAAUAUCUGGAUGUUCCAGGUUUGUUAUUCGAUUCAGAGCAAAACGAUUAAGUGUUUAAAUGGAUUUAGAUUUACAGUAAAUAUCCAGAUAGAGAGAAAGAAGGAUAAGGAGAGAAGAAAACGAUUACUUUCUUCUAUUCUUGUUCAUUACAACCUUAUAAUCUCAACAUUUGUUUUUUUUCUUUUGUUCUCUCUUUCUUACAUAUUUCUUUUGGAUUUCGUUGUCUUUUUUUUUUCUCUCUUUUCUUCUCCUCUCUCUCGCUCGAUUUCAAUUUGGGCGAGAAAGGAGCGGUCUUUUGUCUUUCCUGGGUUUAUCAGCUAGAUCCCUCUUGCCUAAAGUUUGUAACUUUCUUAGGGUUUUCUUCUGAUUUCCUCUCUCUCGGGGUUAAUUCUGCUCAAAAAUGUAAGCCCUUCUCCUUUUAUUUCGUUUGUUAGAUUUUGUUUUGCUUGAUCUGAUUCUGUUAUGUAAUUUUGGGUUCAGGGUUUGAUUCAGAGGCAAAUCUGGUUUUGUUUAGACAAUAAAGUUCGGGACUUUUUGACAUACUCACAGCUGGUUUUUAGCUUUGGUUCUUAUAGAGAGUAAUAGUAGUGAAGGGUUUGUGCCAAUAGUUAGAAAUGAUCAAACAGAUAUUUGGGAAAUUACCUAGAAAGCCUUCCAAAUCAUUGCAGAAUGACUCCAAUGGUGAAGGAGGUGUUAAUAAUUCUUAUUAUGCUUCGAAUUCGAGUACUACUAGUAUCUCUAAACCUUCUUCAACAUCUUCGAAAUCAUCAUCAGCCUCGGGUUCGCGUGUAGCUAAUGGAACUCUUGCUCCUAACUCAAUGAGCUCUAAUAGGAAUACUAAUCAAGGGAAGAAACCAUUGGGAGGAGAUGCUGUUGUACAAGCUGGACCGUUUCCGUCUUCUGGUGGGGUUUAUGAGGCUUUGCCUAGCUUUAGAGAUGUUCCUAUAUCGGAGAAACCGAAUCUCUUUAUCGGGAAGUUGAGUAUGUGCUGUGUUGUUUUUGACUUUAGUGAUCCGUCUAAGAACCUUAAGGAGAAAGAGAUUAAGAGGCAGACAUUGCUUGAGCUUGUUGAUUAUGUUGCAUCAGUUGGUUUUAAGUUUAACGAUGUUUCGAUGCAAGAGUUAACGAAGAUGGUAGCGGUUAAUCUGUUUAGAACUUUUCCUUCUGCGAAUCACGAGAGUAAAAUUCUUGAAAUACAUGAUAUGGAUGAUGAAGAACCUUCUUUGGAGCCAGCUUGGCCUCAUGUUCAAGUUGUGUAUGAGAUUCUUCUCAGAUUCGUGGCUUCUCCCAUGACUGAUGCAAAGCUUGCCAAGAGAUAUAUUGACCAUUCUUUUGUCUUGAAGCUCUUAGACUUGUUUGAUUCUGAAGAUCAAAGAGAGAGGGAAUAUCUAAAAACUAUUCUGCAUCGGGUGUACGGGAAGUUCAUGGUGCAUCGACCUUACAUCAGAAAGGCGAUAAACAAUAUCUUCUACAGAUUCAUAUCCGAGACUGAAAAGCAUAAUGGCAUUGCGGAGUUGCUAGAGAUUCUUGGAAGUAUAAUUAAUGGUUUUGCUUUGCCUUUAAAAGAAGAGCACAAGCUCUUCCUUUUGCGAGCCUUGAUUCCUCUCCACAAGCCUAAAUGUUCAUCAGUCUAUCACCAACAGCUUUCGUAUUGCAUUGUUCAGUUUGUAGAAAAGGACUUCAAGCUCGCUGAUACCGUUAUUAGAGGUCUUUUAAAAUAUUGGCCUGUGACUAACAGCUCAAAGGAAGUUAUGUUUCUUGGAGAGUUAGAAGAAGUCUUGGAAGCAACUCAAGCCGCUGAGUUUCAACGUUGUAUGGUUCCAUUAUCCCGACAAAUUGCUCGAUGCCUCAACAGUUCACAUUUCCAGGUUGCUGAAAGAGCAUUGUUUCUAUGGAACAACGAUCACAUAAGAAACCUGAUCACUCAGAACCAUAAAGUGAUAAUGCCUAUAGUCUUCCCAGCUCUUGAGAGAAACACGCGUGGACAUUGGAACCAAGCAGUUCAAAGUCUGACUAUAAACGUGAGGAAAGUAUUAUGCGAGAUUGACCAAGUUCUUUUCGACGAGUGUUUAGCCAAAUUCCAAGUAGAAGAAGUGAAUAAAACAGAGGUUAAAGCGAAACGGGAAAGGACAUGGCAACGGUUAGAAGAUUUAGCUACUUCAAAGACCGUUGUAACCAACGAGGCAGUACUGGUUCCAAGAUUUGUGUCCUCAGUCAAUCUUACUACAAGCAGCUCUGAGUCCACAGGGUCGUAGUAGGCUCUCGUAGGUUACUAUGUACUUGUAACAAAUAUUUGUGGUCACUAUAGAAAUGGUUCUUGAGAGACGACUGUAUAAUUAUUUUUUUAAAUUAUAAUCUUUUGGGUC